UGUCCCCUGCCUGUGGGGACACUGCCUGCCUCAGUCCUGCCUCAGGGAGCAUCUUUUCACCCUCGGCUGCCAGCGUGGGCACAGUGAGGCUCCCGUGUCCCAUGGCAGCCGAGGGGGCUGCAGGAGUGCCCCUGGUGCUCCCAGGACAGGAGCCAGCCCCGUGGUGCAGGCUGGAGCAGAGGUGCUGGUUCUGUUCUCAGCGGGCACACACUGAUGUUUCUGUCCCCUUUAGAGCAGGUGACGCUGGACCCAGAGACAGCACAUCCUUGCCUGAUGUUCUCGAGGGACCACAAAACGGUCUGGGUAGGAGCUGGAAAACAGAACCUCCCUGACAGCCCCAAGAGGUUUAUGAGCAGCCUCAGUGUUUUGGGCUCCCAGGGGUUCACAUCUGGGAGGCAUUACUGGGAAGUGGAGGUUGAGGAAAACGGUGGCUGGGCCGUGGGGGUGGCCCUGGAGUCCGUGCCAAGGAAGGAGCUGCUUGACCUGCAAAGAUCUGAGACGGUCUGGGCGCUGCGAAUGGAGUCAGAUCACUGGUACAGAACAUUCUGCAUGACCCCUGAGGUGCUGGCACUCAGGGAUAAACUCCGGAAAAUCAGGGUGUGCCUGGACUAUGAAAUGGGCCGAGUGACAUUCUAUAACUCAAAGGCCAUGAGACUGAUCCUGCACUUGGAGGCCACCUUCACUGAGAAAGUCCUCCCGUAUUUUUGCAUCUAUUCAGUGGAAACCCUGAUCCGGGUGUGUGACUGACAGGGUGGGCUGGCUGCUAGGCCCCUGGCGUGCCCUUGGCUGGCUGAGCAGGGAGGAGCUGCGGCAAUGACACGGCAUCACUCUGCAGCCUCCCUGCAGCUCUGCCUGCCCUGGACCCUCUCUGCAAUUUUCUGCAUCUCCUCCCGCCAAGUCCUUUGAAGCAUUAAAGAAGUGCUGUCGUGCCUGGGGCUGUCUGCGUGCUGCUGUCCUGCCUAGGGGCCAUGGGGAUGGUGUCCUACCUCUCCCUGUGGGCACUGAGGCCACACAAUAAUCGGGAGGGAGGAGGGAAGAGGCUCUGA